AUGUACAAUUUGAUGAUGAGCACGCCGCCUGCGAAAAAGGUUGUGGACCAUGUGUAUUGCCUGAGCAGGUUUGUCGACAUGGACCAGAAGGUGGAGUUUGCGCUGCCGAAGAAGACGCCGCUUGACAAGUUGUUGAAAGAACAGUUGUUCAACAAGAUCAAUCCGGAUGUUAUUUUCGUGGUGGGCAACCAGGCGUUCGGCUGCCAUGGCGUGGUGAUGCGACACUUCUGCGAGCUGUAUGCCAAUUGCCUGCCCACGGGCAUGAUCGUCAGCUUGCCGCUGGCUAAGAUAACGCCGGAUGGCUUUUACCUGGCCUACGAAUCGAUGCUGCUGGAGGAGUUUUAUUCCCCGCGUGGCAAGCUGCUGGAGUUACUGCAAGCUGCGCACUAUUUGUUCAUUCCGCGGCUGGUGAGCCAGGUGUUCAGAUGCCUCGGCGAUCGGCAAAUCUACAGCGAAAUGGAUGCUUUGGCGACCUACUUUGAGGCGAAGAAACAAAAAAGAUGGGGCAUCGCCAAGCUAAUGCUGACUUGUGUCCACAAAUAUUUCUUGCCACUCGUCUGCACGGACGAGUUCCGUGAGAUGGAUGUAAAGUGCUUAUGCAAGCUGCUUACAUCAGACAGCCUGGCCGUUCAGCAGGAGAUCGAGGUGUUCUACUCGGCGCUGUAUUGGAUAUAUUCAGACUACGAUAAGCGCAAGCACCACGCAAACGUAGUGCUUAAAACGGUGCGAUAUGUGCUAAUGCCGCCCCUAUUCCUGUUGACUAUCGGCGCCCAUCUGCACGAGCUGACUCCGAGGGUAUCCGACGAGCUGCUGCCCCACUUGCACAAGGCCAUGUUAUUCCAGCAGAAGGCGGGCUUGGGCCUCAUCGACGAGGACGAAAUACAGAUACGGCAUCGCUGCUGGAUUACCGAUCCGGCUUGCUUCUACCAAAACAAGGAGAUCAUGCUAAAGAGGAAUUCCAUAUUUACUCCAAUUGACUUCAUCACCUAUCUGGACAAGCUCGACUGCGCCGCCUCGUUCCUGAAUCGCAUAAAGGAGAACUAA